AUGGAAGAGAAGUUUGAUAGAAUGUUCAUGAACACCACUGCCAUUGGUGACCAUGCUUGGGCACCUUCAUCUGGUGUACUUCCAACUCAUGAUUCAUCUGAAUGUGAUGGUAUUCUACUCGACAGUGGUGAUGAUUCUAAUGAUCCCGUAUACGUACCAGAUGAAACAAUUCAAGUUACUGAAAAAUUUUGUGGGAAGGGGAAAAAGAGAACAAAUCAACAACUUGAUAAACAGGUUAAGAAAGAGAAGAACGGAAAUAGAGUUGCUACAAAAGUGGGGAAGGUAGGAGGUGCUGUUAAAUUGUCACAACAAAUUGAGCGGAUGGUUGAUGUAAUGGAGAAUAGGAGUACAAAUUCAAUGAUGAUGAAAGGGUCCCAAGGUAGCAGCAUUGCUGAAGUGAUGAAAGCAAUUUCGUCUUUACCUGGUGCAGGGCAUGGAAGCCAUUUGUGGUUGUUUGCAACUCAGUUAUUUCUAAAUCAAGAGAAAAGAGAAAUGUUCACAACUAUGGAAGAUCCUAACAUCAAGCUUCAAUGGCUAAACUAUGAGCUUUCUGAAAAAUAA